AUGGGGCUGAUGUGCAGACAGCUGGGACUCAGUGUGGGACAGGCAGUGACUUGUUCUCGGAUGGGGACACCGAGCCACCAGGGUCUGUUCCAGGAUGGAGACGUAAUCAUCGGUGGGCUCUUUAAACUUUAUUAUAAAAGUCCAACCACGUACUACAACUUUACACAGCAGCCACACUACAAACCAUGCACUGGGUUAGAUUAUGUCUCUCUGCAGUAUGUCUAUUCCAUGGUCUUUGCCCUGGAAGAAAUCAAUCUUAGUAAAAGACUGCUGCCAGGUGUGAAGCUGGGCUACCACAUCUUUGAUAGCUGUGGUCAGCCGCUAUACACUCCCCAGACAAUAUUGUCACUAGCAGGAGGAGACAGCGCCACAUGUAGUUUUACCGAGAAUUCUACUGAGAAUGGAGAAGAAAUCAAAGGAGUAACAGGUCAUCACCCUGUUCCCUUUAUUAUCGGUGGUGCUUCCUCUGUGACAGCUGAGGUCCAGUCCAGAGUCCUGGGACCACUCUCUAUCAGUUACAUCUCAACCUGCUCCUGUCUCAGUGACAGGAUCCAGCAUCCUGUCUUCUUCAGGACCAUUCCCAGUGAUUUCUAUCAAGCCAGAGCCUUUGCUCAGCUGGUCAUACAAUACAAAUGGAUUUGGGUUGGGGCCGUAGUAGCAAACAAUAACUAUGGCCUUUCAGCAAUAAAGAUAUUCCAGGAGGCAACUCAGGAGGCAGGGGUGUGUGUUUCAUUCAUUGAAAAAGUCAACUCAGUAAAAAUAGUCAGUGAUGCCAAACGAGCUGCUCUUACGAUCCAGGCAUCAACCGCAAGAGUUAUUGUGGUGUUUGCCUGGUAUACAGAUGUGAGGGAGGUAUUCCUGCAGCUGGCCAAGCUAAAUGUAACUGACCGUCAGUUUAUAGCCAGUGAGGCUUGGAGCACCAGUGGUGAUCUUCUCCAAGAUCUUGUCACUAGAAAAGUGGCAAGAGGUGUUAUUGGCGUUGCCAUUAGAAACUCAACUAUACCUGGAUUUGAAACCUUUCUUAGAAGCUUAAACCCAGUUCAUCGUCCCUUUGAUGGGUUUUUAAGAGAAUUCUGGGAAACUGAGUUUAAGUGCAGUCCUGGGGCUGCUGCCAUUGCCUUGCUGCCUAGUCAACCAUCCACUGUUUCUGCCUCUGUGUCUGUUCAAGGAGCUUCACUAUCACCCUGCAGUGGAACAGAGACACUCGAGGGCCUGAAGAAUCUCUUGACUGAUGUGUCUCAGCUCAGCGUGUCAUAUAAUGUCUAUCUUGCUGUUUAUGCUGCAGCUCAAGCUCUUCACAGCCUUCUCUCCUGCCCCAACAGAGACAGCAACUCCACCUGCUCUUCUCCAAAAAGCAUCAAACCCAAAGAGCUGCUGCAGCACUUGAACAAAGUGAACUUUACCACACCACAAGGAGAAAACUUCUAUUUUCAAGGUGCUGAUAUUCCAGCAAAAUACGACCUGGUCAACUGGCAGACGACUCCUGAGGGAACGCAGAAACUAGUUCUGAUUGGUCGGGUGGACGGGUUUGACAUCCACCUUAAUAAGUCAGCAAUUCAGUGGAGCACAGGAACAAACCAGGCACCUACUUCAGUGUGUACAGAGAGCUGCUCCCCAGGCACAAGAAAGACUAUUAGGAAAGGUGAACCAGUCUGCUGCUUCGACUGUAUCCCAUGUGCUGAUGGUGAAUUUAGCAAUGAAACUGGUUCUCUUCAGUGUGAGAGUUGUCCAUUAGAGUUCUGGUCCAACACUAACAGAACUGCCUGUGUCCCACGUCAGCUGGACUUCCUCUCCUUUAAUGAAACUCUGGGCAUCACUCUGAUUACAGCAGCUUUAGUUGGAGCCACAGUGACAACGAUUGUGUUUGUGGUGUUUAUUUGUUAUCACCAAACACCAGUGGUUCGAGCCAACAACUCAGAACUGAGCUUCCUGCUUCUUGUGUCGUUGAAGUUGUGCUUCCUGUGCUCCCUGGUUUUCAUUGGUCGUCCAUCAGUCUGGUCUUGUCGCUUCCAGCAGGCGGCUUUUGGGAUCAGUUUUGUACUUUGUGUUUCCUGUCUCCAAGUUAAAACUAUAGUGGUUCUAGCAGCUUUCCGCUCAGCUCGACCUGGUGCUAAAGCUUUCAUAAAAUGGUUCGGUCCAUCCCAACAGAGAGGAAGUGUCUGCUUCCUAACAUGUGUACAGAUUAUCAUCUGCACUUUUUGGCUAUCCCUCAAUCCUCCUGUGCCUAAGCAUGAUUAUGGUUUCCUUGGGUCAAAGGUUACCCUGCAGUGUGCCAUGGCCUCUGUGGUGGGCUUCUCUCUGGUCCUGGGCUACAUUGGCCUUCUGGCCUGCACUUGUCUUCUCUUGGCCUUUCUUGCUCGGAAGCUCCCAGACAACUUCAAUGAGGCCAAGCUGAUCACCUUCAGCAUGCUGAUCUUCUGCGCUGUCUGGGUGGCUUUUGUUCCUGCUUAUGUUACUUCUCCUGGGAAAUACUCAGUGGCUGUUGAGAUUUUUGCAAUCUUGGCUUCUGGCUAUGGUUUAUUGGUCUGUGUAUUUGCUCCAAAGUGUUUCAUUAUUCUUUUCAGACCUGAAAGAAACACAAAGAAGCAUUUGAUGGCCCGGUAGUAAAGAUAAAUUAAAAUGAACAUAGUAGCUAUGUACAAGUAGUGUCUGUUGGACUAUGUUAAAUAAAUUAUAUUCAGUAUUGUGUAAUCAAAUGUUUUCCUUAAAAUCCAUAAUUCUUCAGUUAAAAUGGUUAUAUA